UUUGAGACCCAGCCGGAGAAGGAGAGCAGCAUGGAGGAGAACAAGGAGACCCCUGGAGCUCAGAAACCGAAAGCAAGAGAGAGACGUCACAGCUGUCAGCAAUGUGACAAAUCGUUUACAACAUCUGUACAUUUAAAGCGCCACCUGCGUAUUCAUACUGGAGAAAAACCGUACAGCUGUGAAGAGUGUGGGACAACUUUCACUAGAUCAGAUGCUCUCAAAAUACAUCAACGUAUUCACACGGGAGAAAAACCGUACAGCUGUGAAGAGUGUGGGACAACUUUCACUGCAUCAGGUUCUCUCAAAAUACAUCACCGUAUUCACACGGGAGAAAAACCGUACAGCUGUGAAGAGUGUGGGACAACUUUCACUACAUCAGGUCAUCUCAAAAUACAUCAACGUAUUCAUACUGGAGAAAAAACGUACAGCUGUGAAGAGUGUGGGACAACUUUCACUACAUCAGGUCAUCUCAAAAUACAUCACCGUAUUCACACGGGAGAAAAAACGUACAGCUGUGAAGAGUGUGGGACAACUUUCACUACAUCAGGUCAUCUCAAAAUACAUCAACGUAUUCAUACUGGAGAAAAACCGUACAGCUGUGAAGAUUGUGGGACAACUUUCACCACAUCAAGUAAUCUCAAAAUACAUCACCGUAGUCACACGGGAGAAAAACCGUACUGGUGUGAAGAGUGUGGGAAAACGUUCACUACAUCAGGUGAUCUCAAAAUACAUCACCGUAUUCACACAGGAGAAAAACCGUACUGGUGUGAAGAGUGUGGGAAAACGUUCACUAGAUCAGGUCAUCUCAAAUCACAUCUUCGUGUUCACAAAGGAGAAAAACCAUAGUGGUUUUAAGAGUGUGGGAAAACUAUGAGAGCCAAGCUAGCUGUUUCCUCCUCCUGAUGUCCUGAGAGCUGUAGUUAUAUAGUCUCAUUGAAAUAAAGCUUAUUUCAUUCAAA